AAGAACAGCAUAGAAGCAACACGAAGCACCCCCCUAUAGCCACAGUGUCUGACAGGGAAAGCCCACUACUCUUAGAGUGAGAGCGAGGGAGGCUAGAGAGAGAAAGUAUAGGGGUUUCGGAAACCCGGAUGAAUCUUUCUUCUGGGGUUUUUGGGGAGAGCGAUUCUGGUGCGUGAGUGAUAUUGUUUCCGCGCGAUUCUUUUGGAUUAAUUUUUGGGGCCGUCUUUGAUUUUUGACUGGGAAAAAAAAUUCUGUUUUUCGGGUUUUCUGGGAGAUGUACAUAGCUUCCAUGCGAAAGUCUUUCAAGGACUCCUUGAAAGUGCUUGAAGCUGAUAUCCAGCAUGCCAAUACCCUGGCAUCAGAUUUUCCGAGGGAGUAUGAUGGUGCAUGCCUUCAGAUGAGAAUGUCAUAUAGUCCAGCUGCACACCUGUUUCUUUUUUUAGUGCAAUGGACGGACUGUAAUCUUGCGGGAGCCCUAGGGCUGCUAAGAAUCCUAAUUUACAAGGUUUACGUGGAUGGGACAACCACCAUGUCUACGCAUGAAAGAAAAGCAAGUAUUAGAGAAUUCUAUGCGGUCAUAUAUCCAUCUUUAUUGCAACUUCAGAAAGGGGUCACUGAUACAGAGGAUAAAAAACAAAAGGCUGUAUGCAUGGAGCGGUAUCGAAAGAGAGAUGAUGAGGAACACAGGCCGUCUUCAGAUGUUGACAUUGAAAGAGAUGAAGAAUGCGGUAUAUGCAUGGAGAUGAAUAGUAAGAUCGUGCUGCCCAACUGCAACCAUGCAAUGUGCUUGAAAUGCUACCGUGAAUGGAGAACAAGGUCACAGUCAUGCCCCUUCUGCAGGGACAGCCUCAAGAGGGUGAACUCGUGCGAUCUCUGGGUAUUCACUGAUAGUAGAGACGUAAUAGACAUGGCGACGGUGACGAGGGAGAAUCUUAGAAGGCUUUUCCUGUACAUAGACAAGUUGCCUCUGAUUGUUCCAGACUCCCUUUUUGACCCCUAUGACUCUCACCUCAGAUAAACUGAUUGCAGCCAACACAUGGAUCUUACCGG